UGUCUUCUGCCAUUUUUCUUGAUAGAUCUUCUGCAGUGGCCACAAAUCAGCAAAUGCAGAUCACCUGAGCUGGAGACAUUUUCGUGUUAUUGGACUGAUGGAAACCUCACUACUUCAGGAACAAUACAACUGUUGUAUAUGAAAAGGAAUGAUGAAGACUGGAAAGAAUGUCCUGAUUAUAUCACUGCAGGAGAAAAUAGCUGUUACUUCAACACAUCCUACACCUCGAUUUGGAUACCGUAUUGUGUUAAGCUUGCCAAUAAAGACGAAGUAUUUGAUGAAAAAUGUUUCAGUGUUGAUGAAAUAGUACUACCUGAUCCCCCUGUGCAUCUUAACUGGACUCUGCUAAAUACUAGUCAGACUGGGAUCCAUGGGGAUAUUCAAGUACGAUGGGAUCCACCACCAACAGCAGAUGUUCAGAAAGGAUGGAUUACUCUGGAGUAUGAAUUGCAGUACAAAGAAGUUAAUGAGACAAAAUGGAAGGAGAAUGAAUUGAGGUAAACGGCAGAAGGAAAGCAGGUAAUACUGCUGAGAAUUUGUCUUAAUCUCCAAAAGGCAGGUUUACCAGCUGAAACAUAGCUAAGACAGACCUUGGACUCCUUCUUUCCUCUGAUCCUUUUUAAUAUUAUGUUUUUCAGUCUCCUCUUGUUGGUAAGAGUCAAGACUAACAGGCCCUAUAUUGUCUGUAACUUUUUUCAAAUACUUGCCUGAAUUUAUUU